AGUUGGUCGAUUAACUUUAUGCAAGCUGCUUGUUUCUGUCACUAAAAAAUGAGGAAAAUCGCGUUUCUCGUUCUAACGCUCGUCGCUAUCGCGAUUGCAGAUGAGGAAGAAGACAUAACAGAUUUAGCAGAGGAGUACGAGACUGACGAGAAGACGAUGCGAAUAUGUUUAGAUGAAACUGAGAUAAAUAGGGAUGAGAUAGAUGCUGGAUGGAAAAAGUGGGCGGAAAUAAUAAAUAAUGGUAAUUUCAAUGAAGAAGCCAAACAAUCUGUCGCAAAACUCAAUCGUUUUAUAGCGUGCUUGUUGGAGCAGAAAAAUAUGAUGAAAAAUUCUAAGCUGGUUGUAAGCAAGAUACUUCAAGAAAUGGUGGACCAUAAUAAAGAUAAGAAGAUGCCAAGCGAGCAAAUUAUAACAGAAUGUAUCAUUGACCUGAACAAAAACGAUGCUAUGACUAAGGAAGAUAGAGUGUUCGGAUUAUUAGUUUGCUUUGUCAGUAAUUAUGGAGGCAAAAGAUAAGCGAUUCGUACACUAAGCACUAUCGUUAUGCUAUCUGAACCAGAAACGGUACCCGAAUUUUUUAUGUUGUGCAAUAAUGUGCGUAGAAGAAAAAUCACCGUCAUCGGCGUAAAUUUCUGUAGAUUUACAAUAAAUCUAGUUACUAAUAAAUCAUGCUGCUAAUAUAAAAUAAAAAAGAUUAAUUAAAAAUUUGAUACAACCCACUUAUCUC